GACUAUGCCGAUCCCCAGCUCGGCCAACUUGCCACCUCUGAAGGACAUCGUCUACACGGAGUCAACGGACCCUCCUAUCGAGACCAAAGAGAGCGAUGCUCUUCCUUUGAUUAGUGCCAAGCCAUCUUUGCAGAAUGUGCAGAUCAAUCCGAUCGCGCUGAGCAAGAGCGCGUCGGCGCUGGAUGAGGAUGAUGAUGUGCGGUUUGUCAACUUCGAGGACUGCGAGUGGGACUUCUACCUGCACUACCAGGAUGCUGGUGCCCAAGCAGCGGAAGUGCUGAAGGAGGCCCUCCCGGAACGGUUCAUCAACACGCAAGUAUGGUUCGACAAGGAGCAGGAUGACACCGCUUCUGGCUGUACGCAUGGCAUUUCCUUCUCCAGGAAUGUGGUCUCCUUCCUGACCCAGGGCUCCACAGAGUCUCCUCAGUGGCAGCGUGACAUGCGCACCGCGCUGAGAGCCCACAAGAACAUCAUCUUGCUGGGCGAAACGGAUGAGCAGAAGGGCAAGCCGGUCAUCGACCAGCUCAUCGCGCGCUGUCCGGAGGAUCUGCAGCCCAUCUUCAAUGACAAUGUCAUUAUUCCGUACUUCGCGGACACAGACUUUAUGGCAGUUACCUUUGACAAGAUGGCGCGGGUGUUGGCAGAGGAGGAACACACAGUGCAAGACACCACUUCCUCCAGAAACAAGGGACAUGAGCUGAGGUAUGCUCAGCACGAAGCAGAAGCAGACUCCGUCGUGUUCCCCCGCGUGUUCGUGCUGUAUGCGGCAGCUGUCGGUAUGGGUCUGCCAGGUUCCAAGCGACCGAUCCGUCGCUAUGCGACGGUGGUGAAGUGGUUGCUGUUCGUCUGCUUUGCACUGGACAUCUUGCGGUUCUUCUUGCCCGAAGGGCCCGCCUUUUUGGAUCAUUUGGCGGUGGCCCAGCUCGUCGCAAUGUACCCUUUGGUCCUGUUCAUGGGUACACAGCUGCAGAAGCUACUCCGGAUGUCUAUCAUUGACGAGUUCCUGGAAAACUACAUCAACGCCCCCUCCGAC